AUGAGACGAGCUCGUGGACAGGAUGGAAAAAGACUAUUCGCAGUUGAUGACUUCUUCACCGUGCAACAAAUCACUUCAUACUUUUCACGAAUGGCCGCCAAGAAGAAGAAUGUCACAGAGGCCGAGGUAGACACAGAAGAAAGAGAAAACUUGAUCCGUGACGUGACAGCCGAAAUCACGGAAAGGCUAGUUGCUGAAGAAGAAGAGCAACCUGUGUCAGAGGUUGAGAGUCGCGGUUGCUGCUACUCGUACAAGACAGUAAACUUGUGCUGUAUGACUAGAGGUGAGCUUCGGGCCAAACUAACGCUGUCGAACCUAAAAAGCGUAUGCCUCAAGUACGGAAUCCAGGGUGUAUCGGAAAACCGGAAGAAGGAGCCAUAA